AUGUUCUCCCGCAUUCUACUUUGCUUUUGCGUUCUACUAUGCCUCAUCGAACUGAUCUUUGCAGCAGUCGUCUCUUCCCCCGUCCUAAUCAUAGGGGCAGGGACAGCUGGUGCCACAGUCGCACUCGAACUUUCAAAACAAUCAAUUCCUUUCAUUCUUUUCGAAGCCACAGACCGUGUCGGCGGUCGCCUGCGUCGUGAACCGCUGGGCGGAGGGCUCUCAGUUGAGUUAGGAGGCAUGUCUCUUCAAGGAUUUCGCCGGGGUGUCCCCUUCCACGAUUUCGUCCGGAAGUUCGUGGGUCUCAAAGCUGUUGCAGCGGACUAUGACGACGUUUACUUCGUCUCCAAUGGCACCCUAGUGCCCGACAAGAUUGCUGAUCAGGCAUGGACCCUAUCUGAAAAGGCUUUGGCCAGUGCCUACAGGCUCCAAGGAAAAUAUGACAUGGAUAUUCGUUCUGCUGUUGAGUUUUCUGGUAUCGAUAUUCGGAGCCCGAUAGAGACUGCUGCCUGGCGUUUCGAGAUUGAUUUCGAGUAUGCUGUGGGUGCCGAGGCGGUCAGCCUUAAUGGUUUGUCACCUAUCUUUGCUCCGGAUGCUCCGAGGUCUCGAGACAGGUUUGUGACGGAUCAGAGAGGCUAUGGCUAUGCUGUCGAGGUCAUUCUACAAAUGGCAGGGGUGAAGGACACAACCAGGUCCAAUGAUAAGCUUCGCUUGAACACACCGGUGGACACUGUGCGAUACUCUGAAGAAAGUGCACAAGUUGUGUUGCGCAACGGUGAGAUAUACAAUGGUUCGGCUGUGGUUUCAACAGUAUCAGCCGGUGUUUUAAAAGAAGCUCUUCUCCGUGAGCCGCCGUCAGCCAGUCGAUUGAACUUCGAUCCCCCAUUAAGAAGGCGUAAACGCCUCGCAAUUGCCAAGAUCGUCAUGGGUGAUUACAUGAAGAUUUUCGUACAGUUCAAAGAGCCUGUGUUCACCGACGAAGACCCAUUGUUCCUCAUUCCACUCUCGUGUGACAUAGAUGGCUUUCUGAAAGUGCAAAAUCUCAAUAAGCGCGGUUACUUCCCAGCGGAAAAUAUUGUCUUGGUGACUUCAACAGAUGAAUAUAGUCGUGAGCUCGAGUGCGAAAGCAAGGAAAAGGUGUUGAGAGAUGUUUUACAUUAUCUCUCGGCGGCCGCGGGAAAGGUGUUGAGCGAAAGUGACGUGAUUGGUCUCGUUGCUUCCAAUUUUCGACGCAAACCGUUCUUCAAAGGCUCUUUUUCUGUCCGUGCACCAUCAGUGACCGAUGACGAUAUCAAACAGUUUAACAAGCCAGUGAAUUCUUUGUUCUUCGCGGGUGAGGCCCACCGGAUGGGAGAAGGCUUGAACGGGUAUGUCCAUGGAGCAUGGGAUAGUGCCGUGGAUACCACUAAGCAGUUAAUUGAAUUCGUGGCCAACAGAAAAUAA